UGUUAUAGAAGGGGAGGGUAUGAAGUUCGAGUUUCUCGUUCAAUUCGUCACCAAGAUGGUCAAGAGUGGACUUUAUUUCGCCAACUUUGUUAAGCCGCCUCCUCGACAUGAUGAAAAGCGUGAUSUCGUCUACAAAGUCGACCAAAACAUCGUCAACAUUUGGGAGUUCCUUUUUGAGACUAAGCCACAAAACAGAGGGGAACGUGCAUAUGUCAUCAGAAGGCGAAAAAUUGAACCACUUUUGAGGGGGUAUCAUAAGGCACCGGCGGAGACGGAAGUUGCGUUUCUAGACCGUUUGGAGAUGAUGUACUUCGACGGACAAAUCAGGGCAUUUACAAUCGCAGCUUAUGCAACUUGUUUUGGGGAAGGCUUCGAUGUUGAAGACUCAGAGGAAGAAAGUGAAGAUGGUACUUUGCAAGCGGCUUUGGCAKAUGAGAGGCAAAAAGCUUGUAGCUCGGCUUCGCAGAAGAUGGGUGCGCCGGGCAAAUCGUCCGGUUCUGGGGGGGCUUCGAGUAUGGCAGUUACAACGGACCAGUUUCAAUGGACCAGUUACAUGGCGGGCAACACAACAGCGCUAUCUUCCGGCGCAGUUCGGGAUGAUCCGAGGGUGCAGGCAACUCUCUCCCCAGAGGUUAUGGCAAGUCUGUCAGCACUUGCACAUAGCCCGACUACUGUUUUGGAAUUGCUACGCUCUCAAACUCCUCAACCACCUCCGUCUGAGCCUUUGGAGUACGAGAUUGAAGACAUCAUCCCUCCGGAUAUUGCACGGCUUCCUGGACCUGUUGUGUGCCGAGACGAUUAUACGGUGAUGCCUGACAACGUAUGGGGUCAUCACAUUAUAUGGCACCCCCACCACUUCCAACCUGCAUUGGCGAGAGGAAACUGGGUAAUGGCUAUAAAAGAAGAAGGGGAGUGGCAAUUUUGCCUCCACAGACGUAUGUCACGAUCCAAGUUUGUCACACACGCCAAAAAUGAGAUUGGCAAGCGACUACUGCGACUUAAUCCAAAGGUUUCUCAAUCAAGACUGGAUGCAAGGACAGACGAAAUCUUUCAGGAGUUCAAAAUAUCUCGAUGGCUUGAGUAUCUGGAAAAGUUCUAUGAUCGAGAMACAAGUCCAACUUUUGGAUAUAAUUGGCGUAUCGAAGAGGAACUUGAAGACAAAGUUGGGGAAAGGAAAGGAGCGAGCGGCGAUGAGAGUGGCAAGGGAUCAGGAUCAGGCGGCGGUGCGCUUGGCAAGAGAACAAGAUCAAGUGGUGGUGAACAUGGCAAGGGAUYGGAACCACGGUGCAGUGCCAGUGGCAAGGGCCUGGGACCGAGCGUCGGUGCAAGUGGAAAGCCAAUAAGUCAUGGUGAACUACAAAAACACGAAAUGUGUCAAGGGCGUCAAGCAACAGAGGGAAAGGUAUCAGGACCAAGCGGCGGUGCACAUGACAAGGGAUCGGGUUCGCCUCUUGGAUUAGGACCAAGCAGCGGUGCACAUUGCAGGGGAUCGGGUUCGCCUCUGGGAUUAGGACCAAGCGGCGGUGCACAUCGCAGGGUAUCGAGAGGCGAUGCAAGUGACCAGGAUUUGGGAGGAAGCGGCGGUGCAAGCGUCAAUGGCGUAAGUCAUGGAGAACUGCCGAAAURUGUCGAGGACGUCCUUCCGGAUGACCAAGUUUGGGCGACCACUGUGUUGGCGAGCUAGAGUGUUACUGCGUAAGUGGAUAAUACUGGUGCACUUGCAGAAUUAGAGAUGCCAUUGCAUA